AGACUAUCAUCUCAACCAAACCGUCCGAGUAGGAAACCAGCCACCGAAUCAUUCGCUUGGAAUCAAGAACAACACCACACAGGCACUAUAAAUCGGCGAGCAUCGUACCACAGAGGAGACCAAACACCGCACCACCAUGGCAAAAACAAGGAGGGGAAACGGCAGCAGCAGGAGUUCGGAGUGCGUUGACACCGUCGACACCGGAAGGCUUUCGUCGCGGACAUCGUCGUCGAGAUCGGCCUUCAAGCGCCGCCUGCCACUGGCGUCGUCUGUGACGACGUCGCUCGUCCUUCUCUCCUGUAUCGUGGCCUUCUCUUCCGUAACACCGGUGCGAUCCUUUUCGUUCCACCCUCUGCGUUCGUCGAACGCCCGCCUGGUUGGAACGCAAAGAGAUCGACAGCAGAAGCAAGCCUUUGCGGCCCCGGAGACACUCGCGCACCGCAACGCGUUCGUCCUCAACGCCGCCGAGACCGAUUCCCGGGACCACGCCGAUGAAAACGCCGGCGGUUCCGGCGAGGAAACGAGAACUUCCGGAGUGGUUGCGGCGGCGAGUUCGCCGUCUCGCAUCAAGAUUCCCAGGGGUGGUUCCGACGACGGAUACGACGGCCUGGGGGAGUACGAUCCCUCCGAAAACCUCGGGGUCGAAUCGGUCAACGUGGGAGAUCCGCAGCUCCGCGUCAAGGUGAAAGACAAGAGCGUCACGGAUAUAUUGAAGGAGCUGGCUGCCAUCCAACAGCAGGGCCCGCAGAAAUACUGCAUCCUGGGAACCCGCCACUGCUCCUAUCUGCACCAGCAGAUCAUUGAAUUGCUGUGCGUACUAGUACUAAAUCAAAUGGGUUUGAUGAGUUGUUUGGCUGUGGCCCAUGGAAUGCUGCGCUCUGCGCCUUCCUUUUACGAAUGUGCUUUGUUCUAACAAUCUUAUUUUUUGGGGUCUUUUGGAAUUCAUUUCUUGCGCAGUGCCUAUGCCCUUGUGCUGAGUGGAAACCAUGUUUACACUUCCGGUGCCCCCGGUACCAACGGUAAGUAGCACAUCGUUUCGAUGGCUCGUUUUGUGUUUGGUAUUCUUACGUCGAUAAUCUGCGCGACGAAACAAAUCUGUUUUUUUUUGGAAUGCCAUAUGGUCCCUUGUCGGCUAAUGGUUUGGUCUGUUUUCUUCUUUUGCUUUCGUUUCUUCCGUUCGGUAUCGUUUCGCUUCGCUCCGCUCCGCAUCGCAUUGCAUCGCAUCACAGCUGCUACCGUCCGGGGGGCGCUCCGGGCCGAGCGAGAAGAUUUGCUGACGGUCGUCCUGCCCCAGAGCCUGUCGAAGCAAACGAGCGAGUCGCAGGAACUGCUGAAGAAGGUCGACGACCUCAUCACCAUGCCCCAGAACGACGAGCUGUCCCUGGACGUUGCCAGCCGGAUCUGCAACUCCUACCUCCUCAGCCUGACGGACCAGCUGGUCAGCUUCGCCUUUCACGAGUCCACGACGGUCAUCGAGGCCAGCAAGGAGGCAAAGAAACUGGACAUGCUCGUCACUACGCUGUACCUCGAUUGACGAAACGGAAUGUGUGCAGCGCCCGGCUCGCUCGCUCUUUGCGUCGAUCCGAUCCCCGGCCCAAACGAAUCGUCUAAGUAGCUCGAACGCAUCGUGCUGGUUUUUGUAAAAACGAAAUUCUAUCCGCAGCCGUUCUUACUC